UGUGAGUGGGUGUUUCUGACUGGACAGGGCGAGGCGGGCUUAGCAACGGAAGGGGACGAACAGGAAGAGCAAGGACCGUGUUCACAGGAGGGGGAGAUAGAAGGCGGUGUUUAUUUCCCCUAAUUUAUUUAUUUACUUAUUUCCCCUCUGCUUGUGCUAACAAAUGUGUUCUGUUUGUGCACCGAGAAACAUUCGUUUCGGUUUACCAGCGUCAGUGGCUAUUCUUGCUCCACUUCUCUGUAGCGUCGCCUGCUCUGCAGCCGCGCAGGCUUACAUACAACUUCCCGUCCGAGGAACACGACGAGACGAGGGUCCAGAGCUGCAGGAAAAGAAUUAGCUGUCGGGUGAAGACGUACGCGUUUGCUGGAAAACCGACCUCCCUUAAGGAAACUAGAAAUUGUUGAAAAUAUUGGGUCGUAGAGGGUGUCUUGUGGCUUAUUUUCUUCGAGUGAGUUACUUGCAUUCCUCAAGCGGCGUUACUGUCAGGCCGGUCACUAAAUACAGGCUAACCCGGGGAGUUAAUGGGAGCCUUGCCUCGAUAGACCUCCUUUCUCCCCCCGACGGACCCUCGCUCGACAUUGAUUCGGGCGCUGUCCUCACCGGGGGGUGUUGAUCUGAACUGUUGCUCAGACUGCGGGAGGAGGGAGACCCCCUACCUCAGCAGUCGCUCUGGCCGGCUAUUGUGGAGCCGUAAUAUGGCAGGAAAUCUGAAGAAAGGUGGGGGGCUUAUUGGCAUGAUGAAGGACGCUUUCCAGCCCCACCAUCACCUCCACCACUCCCAUCACCAACCAGGGGCCGUGGACAAGAAAACGGUGGAGAAAUGCUGGAAACUAAUGGACAAGGUGGUGAGACUGUGCCAGAACCCCAAAUUAGCGUUGAAGAAUAGUCCUCCGUAUAUCCUGGACCUUUUGCCGGAUACCUACCAGCACCUCCGCACCAUCCUGUCCCGCUACGAGGGCAAGAUGGAGACGCUGGGAGACAACGAGUACUUCCGCGUCUUCAUGGAGAACCUGACCAAGAAGACCAAACAGACCAUUAGCCUCUUCAAGGAAGGCAAAGAGCGCAUGUACGAGGAGAACUCACAGCCUAGGCGGAACCUGACCAAGCUGUCGCUGAUCUUCAGUCACAUGCUGGCCGAGCUCAAGGCCAUCUUUCCCAACGGCCUCUUCCAGGGCGACAACUUCCGCAUCACCAAGGCCGACGCCGCCGAGUUCUGGAGAAGGUCCUUCGGAGACAAGACCAUCGUGCCAUGGAAGGGUUUCCGGCAGGCCCUUCAUGAGUUCCACCCCAUCAGUUCAGGCCUGGAGGCCAUGGCCCUCAAGUCCACCAUCGACCUCACGUGCAACGACUACAUCUCCGUCUUCGAGUUCGACAUCUUCACCAGGCUCUUCCAGCCAUGGUCAUCCCUACUGCGGAACUGGAACAGCCUGGCAGUGACCCACCCGGGCUACAUGGCCUUCCUGACCUAUGACGAGGUCAAGGCUCGCCUCCAGAAGUUCAUCCACAAGCCUGGCAGCUACAUCUUUCGUCUGAGCUGCACGCGGCUGGGUCAGUGGGCCAUCGGCUAUGUCACGGCUGACGGUAACAUCCUUCAGACCAUCCCCCACAAUAAGCCCCUCUUCCAGGCCCUCAUCGACGGCUUCCGGGAAGGCUUUUACUUGUUCCCUGACGGCCGCACCCAGAAUCCAGAUCUGACGGGUCUGUGUGAACCGUCUCCACAGGACCAUAUCAAAGUUACCCAGGAGCAGUAUGAGUUGUAUUGUGAGAUGGGCUCAACCUUCCAGCUGUGCAAGAUCUGUGCCGAGAACGACAAAGAUGUGAAGAUCGAGCCCUGCGGACACCUCAUGUGUACAUCGUGCCUUACAGCAUGGCAGGAGUCAGAGGGCCAGGGCUGUCCGUUCUGCCGCUGUGAGAUUAAGGGCACGGAGCCGAUCGUGGUCGACCCCUUCGACCCCAAAGACAACAGCGGCUGCUCCUAUGGAGGGGGGGGGCAUGGAGGUGCGCCGUCCCCUAACUGCGACGGCAGCGGCCCGGCGCGUCGGCGACCGCACCUCAUGAUGAGCAAACUGGCAGGUUCUCAGGUGGAGCGCCCCCCCUCUCCUCUCUCCAUGGCCCCCCAGGCGUCCCUGCCUCCGGUGCCUCCGCGGUUAGACCUCCUGCAGCAUCGCGUCCCCAGCGCCCCUGGCGCCUCCAGCCCAGGAGCCACAUCAAAGGUCCCCUCUCACCAUAAAGACAAGCCGCUGCCUCUUCCCCCCGCCCUGCGAGACCUGCCCCCACCCCCGCCUCCGGACCGCCCGCCACCCACCGGCCCGGACGUCCGCCUGCAGAGACGCCCCUUGCCCUGCACGCCCGGCGACCCGCCUCGCGACAAGCUUCCCCACCCCCGUAGCACGCGGCAUGGAACUGGACCUUCGUGGCUGGUGCCCAAAGCGCCCUUGGCGAGUGUGGGGCCCGAGCGUGGGGAGCUGAGGGGCAGCGGCAAGCGAGGUGGGGAGGCGUCCUCCCGCGAGCUGUCCAACCGGCACUCGCUGCCCCUGGCACUGCCCUCCGCUAUGGACGGGCGAGCGGAUGCUGGCCGCAACAAUGGCCUGGAGCACCAUCUGAGCUUUGGUGCCUCAGUGUCCGGUCGUGCUGAGUACGACAACCCCAAAGUCAAACCCUCGGCCUCCGACAACGCCAUCUACUCCCUAGCUGCCAGGCCUCUCCCAGCGGUGAAGCAGCUGCCGUCGGAGGAGGGGGCUCAGAGUGACGAGGAGUCGGACUACAUGAUGCCCAACUCGCGGCCCGUGCUGCCCCCCAUCAGCUCCUCCUCCCACGUGGAGCCCGCACCCAGGCCCCCUCAGGCCCCCAUACUCAACUCCAGGACGCUGUUGAAUGACUUGGACUCUGACGGGCAGCAGAUGUACGAAGCCAUGUACAACAUCCAGGCCCAGGCCAUCAACACUCCACUGCCACAGCAGGCACGCGAUUCUGACUACUCAGAGCUGCCCCCCCUGGCGAGUACCAAUGGCCCCCGAGAGCGCGAGCGAGACCCUCCGAGCGAGGAGGAGGAGAACAGCUACGACAUCCCCAAGCCGCCCCUGCCCAUCGCGCCGGCCCGACGCACGCUCUCUGAGAUGGGCAGCUCCUCGGCCAACUUCAGCCGCCUGUCUCUGGACAGCGAUAUCGGCAGCAGUGCUGCAGGAGAAGAUUACGAGCUGUUUUAUUGGCAAAGGGAGGCUUCCCUGGGCGUCCUCCGGGCCACUGCCCGCCCGGAUCAACUCUUCGGACCCGGCCCCGCGGGUGCCCCGCCCACCCCCAUGCCAGUGCUGCCCUCUCUGCCCUCGCUUCCUGUGGCAACAGCCCCAGCCUUCAGCAGCGAGAUCGAGCACCUGAUGAGCCAGGGCUACACCUACCAGGACAUCCAGAAAGCCCUGCAGAUCGCCCAGAACAAUAUCGAGAUGGCCAAGAACAUACUGCGCGAGUUCGUCUCCAUCCCCUCCACCGCACAUAUCCUUACAUAGCACCCUCUCUCUCCCUCACACACACACACACACACACACACACCUCCUCCAUGCUUCUGGCAGGAUGACCCCUGCUAAAAGCUUAUCCUCACUCCCCAGAGCGACGCCGUUUGUUACCGUGGCGAUGCAUUGUUUUUGCGCACACGUGUGGUGUAGCCGCCCGCGCCUCAGCCUGCCUGCUUCUCCGCUGAGACUGACCACCAGGCCGCCUGGCUCACGCUUGGCUUGAGCUCCACAGACUGGCUUUGUGUGUGUGUGUGUGUGUGUGUGUGUGUGUGUGUCCCAACACACAUAUCAGGGUUGUCUUCUGCAUCACAGUGUUUGUAGAUCAAGUAUUGAUGAGGACUAUUUCUUUUUUUUUCUUUCUUUCUGUCUGUUUUGCCCAAAAGUUGUCACUGGUUGUGAAGUCACCUCAAGGCAAUGUGUCAUGGAGAAUAACAAUUAGAAAUGUGUAUCUGUGUGUUAACAGUAAGUUAAUAUAUAAACCAAAACGGCUACACAGAUGCUUACACUGCUUUUGGUGCAGUCCCUGUUAUGGGAUGGACAGGUUGUGGGUGUGUCAGUGUGUGUUUCCAGAAAUACGUGAAGAGCAAAAAUGCAGAAUCUCCUAGAUGUCACAUGUCCAUAGAGCAGAGGAUUGUGGGAUUGAUCCAAGCCUGACUUGGUCUGGGUCUGCCAGAUCAGUAGUUCUGAUUCCUCCUGGCUAGAUUCGUUUUUGACCUAGCGUCCUUUUAAUGUGCUGGGUCGGUACUCUCUGUGUGUGUGUGUGUGUGUGUGUGUGUGUUUGAACUGUGCACUGCUUGUGUUUAAUGUUCCUGAGCAUAGAGAAAGCGUUGGCAUAGAGACCGGCAGUAGCCUUGAAUCCAUAGCCUAGACCCAGCAGGUGUGUAGAUGAGUGUGCUCACACUGUCCCCUCUAGAAUAUGCUGUGGGUUGCUAAACUUGCUCAUAGUAUGAUGUCCACAAGGAUGAAGAAUUGACCUCUGGUAGCUGUUUUCCACCCCCCUCAAGUGUGUGUGAGUGUGUGUGUGUGUGUGUAUGUGAGUGAAAGAGAGCGCGAGUCUUUCAUUCAGCCAAAGCAUAGCACAUGGUUUAUGAUGAGGAGCGACAGCCCUGGGUCAGUGUGAGUGUGAGUGUGUGAGUGUGUGUGUGUGUGUGUGUGUGUCUUUUUGAGUGGAGAGCAGGACAAACCUCAAACCGAAAGAAAGACUGCCUGUCCAACAGACAGCCCAGACUUAUGUGAAGAUGACUGGUGGAUUCUACCACUCCAACCACACAGACACACACACACACCUGGCCUGUUCCUCCUCACCUCCCUCAACAACUGCCUCUGAAUGUCUCAUUCAUACAACGACAGACUUUUAACAGCCACCAAACAGAAGACCGAAGGAAGGAAGGAGCACUGCUGACCGGCCGGGGUGUGGUCAUGCAGGGGUCUGUCUGUGGAGAAACAGGACGUGUGUGUGUGUGUGUGUGUGUGUGUGUGUGUGUGUGUGUGUGUGGAGAAGCAUUAGAGAGAAAUGGAAGGAGAAGAGGAGGAGGAAAAUGAGAAAGAAGUAUUGUCUGACACGACACAGAGCUAUUCUGUGCUCCCAGUGUUCAGUGUGGGAAGGGGAGGGGUUCUCUAUCUGAAGUUGUUCAUCUUAGUGAAUUGUCAUUGAUUACUUUAAUAUAUUAUUGUUAUUAUUAUUAUUAUUAUUAUUAUUGUUGUCGUUAUUAUUAUUGUUAUUAAUUCAGAAGUGCUUUACUGCUGCUGCUAUUGUUAGUGCUAAACUAUUAAGCCUUAACUGUACAUUUGUGGAUAUUGUGUUUAACCUUUUUUUUAAAGUGGCAGUAUCUCUAUUGGAGUCAUGUAGCAUACUUGAAAUUGAUAAGCAGCUUGUGCAAAUACAGGCCCAAGUUGACCUUUUUUCCAUCUUUUUCUGUGUGUGUGUGUGUGUGUGUGCGUGUGUGUGUGCGUGUGUGUGUGUGUGUGCGCUUGUGCGUGUGUGUGCGCGCGUGUUCGUUUCAGUGUCUGGAUAAUUGCACAUCUGGUACCUCUCAGGUACCCCUCAGCUCUCAGAAGUCAGUCACACAGAGUUAGGAACCAUGCAAGAGCAGCCAUAAGUAACACACACACACACACACACACACACACACACA